AUUUCUGGGCGGAUAAGUGAGAUCCUGAAAAAGCGGAUGAAAGACGAAAAAUCGGCCACUUUAAUAAUUUUCUUUUGAAGAUACUUAUUUUCCUCGCAUAAUUUCUUCUUCAGGGAGGCGACGUGUGGUCACGAAGACACCUGCAGUGUGUAGAAGUUAUCACGUAUUAUCUCAUUAGUUGAAGAUAAUUAGGUCAGCACACACAGCCAUCCAUCGAUGGCUGGACCAACGACGAAGCACUUCCUCUCAAUCCGAGAUGAGUGAUCAUGAGCGUAAAUGAAGUAGAAAUUAUAGGCAGCACGCAAAGAAGCAGUUUGUUGCGACCUUGGAAAAUAACUUUCGCAGCCAAAUAAAUCAAUAGUAGGACGAUAGCACAACUUGCUUUUUUUUCGAAGAAAGCAGUGUGUGAAAAUCAGACUACUAUGUCGAAGAGCUUGUACUCUUUCGUAAAACCUGAGAACAAGUAAAGCAGAACUGUACCAAGUAUAAAAAAAGCAACAUUAACAAAUGCUUCGUUGCACCCACGCGGCGCGCACAUGCACGCUGGACGGUGUGACGCGGCGCACGGCGGCGAGCUGUGCGAGCUGCCCGUUCAACACGAGCAAUAUCCACCGAGAAAUGCACACCACGGCCGAGAUCGAAGAUUGCUGCAGGUUUUUGAGACCCUACACCACGACGCACAACACGUUUGCCUCUUCGUCGCACCGGAGGAAUGAGCACCAGGCCGUGAAGUCAUCAACCUCCCCAGUGUACAUCGACGCGUAUCGGGGUUCAGCGUCCCCGCGCGAGGACCGGGUUACUGCGGUAAACCAUGCUGCCACUUCGAUCCGGGCACGAAGUGGUCAACACCAGCAUCAACAACCAGCGGGGGCUUUGUCCCUAUCUUCGCCCGAGAAAAGCUGCAAGUCUUCUUCUAGUUCUUCUCAAAAAUCUCACCGGUCGUCCGUCAUCCCCCUGGCCGUGGCGGCUUUAAGGGAGAACAGUUUGUUUGGAGGUGGUUCUAACGCCAGUGCCAGCAGCAGGAGCAGUAAAAAAGGGACGAAUUCAGAAGUCGCCGGAGUCAAAAAUAUGACCUCGUCCUGUCCGCAACUGCCCAACGGCUGUCCACUGGCACAAAGAAACAGAUCUUCAGGGGGAACUGGUGCUGGCGCGGACUCAUUUCUCGUCUCUAGUACUGUGGAUGAUCAUGAAGCAGUAGACAAGAGCAGCGACGACCCCUGGUGGCGCAGGUUGACCAUACCGGGCAUGUUCCAGCAAACAACUAUACAGUGUCCGUUUUCAACAUCGUCGAGAAGUGUCAGUUUCAUCUCCGAGUUGCAAGAGGAGUUCAUGAAGAGCACGAGAAGUUCAAAUUAUGUGGUGAACAGGAGUAACUCGAAUUCAUCCGCGUCCUAUUUCGUCAAGGAAAACUUGCUCAGCGAGACUUCGCCCUGCUACCGGGAGAAGAUGACAGCGAGGAUUCUCGCAACCGCGGCGUCUGAAGGUGCAGGAUCAGCAACAUCUUCUUCUUCAACACCGGCGGCGGAGCCUGCGACUGCAGGUGAGGCUUCCCACCGGAAGGAAAGUUUUGUGGGGAACAGUGGCGAAAAAGGUGGUGGUGGUGGUGGUGGGAACACCACUAAUACGGUGCCAAGCAGGACAAAGGAGGCCAAGCAGGAGGUUCGGAGACACCGGGAAGUAGCACUUCCGCUGGCGCUUGGGAGGAAUAGAAGACCUGCUGAUCAUGAUGUCGGGCACGAUGAAACUGCUACAUCCAGUGAGGAGGCAAGAGUACAAGUACCUUCAUCGUCAUCAAUUAGCACCACGACAGUGCCGGAGGUGGAUCACGUCGAUUCAACAAGAACCGAUGGGAUUGAUGUUUCAUCAGCAACGCCUCCCCUGGAAGAUGCAGGAAGUGUUGUUACUGGCUCUGUUGGUGUUGUUCCAGCGCAAAUAAACGGAGGAGGUCAACAUACGACGACAGCCAGUGGUGGCCGAGCACGACGACCAGAGACUCAUCUUCUACAUCCGGCUCAACCUCCUCCUCCUCCCACCCCCGUAGUUCUUCCGACAGGGCCCACGACCCCCACGUCACUCCCUACGCCCGCCCCUGCAGCCCGUGUAGAAAUACAACAAGAAGAAGAACCUUCUGCCCAAGAAAUAACCACGACAACUGUUCCACCACCUUCUAGUACAGCUCCCUCUGCAAGAACUUCCGACGUCGAGUCUUUCUACAAGCGGCCGCUGCCGGAUUCGCUGAUCCUGUUCCACUCGCGCGAGGGCCAGCGGAAGCUGGCGGAGUGUCUCCUCCACGAGAACAGCGGCGGGCAGUAUGCCGCGCUCUCCGAGCAGUUCCUGACCCAGUCCCGACCGCCGCUCUGCGGCCCCUCGAGCAUCGUGAUGGUGCUCAACUCCCUCGCGGUGGACCCGCAGCGGGUGUGGCAGGCGCCCUGGCGCUGGCACACCGAGGAGAUGCUGAUGAGCUGCCUGCGCGGGUUGCGACCAGAGUUGCCCGCGCUGCGAGAAAAACGGAAGGAUAGUCCUGGUUCAUCUAGUACAACUUCAUCGGAUACGAUUUUUAAAAGUAGUGCGUGUGGUGGUCGUCCUAGUCCCAGCACUACAUCCAGCACUAGCUGGUCAACAUCAUCUUCAUCGAGGCCGUCAUCAUUCUCGAGAGCAAAAAGCAGCAAUAGCUCGUGCACCGUCGGCAGUUAUAAUUCUAGUGCUUCCCUCUGCGGAAGUUCUGGAGUUGGGGGAGAAACAACCUCACCCGACAAUUCGCCCUGUUCGGCCGCCUGUGAUGCGUUCCGGAAGCGCGUGGCCUCCCAGGGCGUCACGAUGGAGGAAUUUGCGUUCUUGUCCGAGUGCAACGGGUUAACAACGAAAGUGCAAUACGCGGAUGAUGAAACAACCAUGCUGGAGGACUUUCGGGAAGUUUUACAGGAGCUGUUUUACCACGACGAUGAAAACAACAAUUAUACAAAUGCGGAUAGGACUAGUAGCUCGGCGUCCGCGUCUCAACAUAGUGCUUCAGCUUCAUCGAGCAGUAGAAGUUCUUCAUCCACCACGCGGCCAGAACAUCAAAAACAGUUCCAUGAUCACCAUGAUCACCCCGCCCAGCCCUCUUCGCAAGUAGACCAUGAUCCGCACCACCAUAUCGCGCCGCCCCAGCCGACGGCGCCAGUGAUGAACAAUACUAUGCUGAACAACAAUCAGGAGCAGAAGCGGCUGGUGGUGAGUUUCAGCCGGCAGCAACUCGGGCAAACGGGGGACGGGCACUACUCGCCGGUGGCGGCUUUUCACCCGGAAAGCGAUAUGGUGCUGGUGUUGGACGUUGCGCGGUUCAAGUAUCCGCCGUACUGGGUAUCGGUGGAGCAACUGUGGAACGCCAUGAAGGCGGUGGACCCGGUUACCAAACACAGCCGAGGAUUUUUCGUCAUGUCGAAAGAAAACUGUGCCGAUGAUGUCGAAAGCAGCAGCAGUACUGCUGGAAGUACUGGUACAACUUGUAGUAGUUCAGACUCAGCAACAUCACCUGCUUUGCACCGCGAACAGCUGUUGCAGCAGCUUAUCAAACGGUACAGCUCGCACUUCCGCAAGGUGCUGAUCCGAAACCAGAGCUCCUCGGGUGGUCGUGUCAGUGGUUUCGACGACGCAAAAAUUACAGAAGUAUCGUCCCAAGAUCAACAAGAACAUCAUGAAGCAGUAGAUCCACACGCGAUGAACACCCUAAACCCUCUCGCGGAGUUGAAAGACUUGCGUAAGAUGAACACAACGACGACCUUCACAACCUGCGCACCGCAAGGAGAUGAAUCGAGAAUGAGGAGCACAGCCGCGGUGUUGAAACAACAUCAAACCGAACAAACCGCUUUAGCAGCUGCAGUAGUACAACAAACUCGAACCAGCAACAAGAAGAAGAAGAAGAAGCACCAUUUAUCCUGAGUAAAAACGUACCCACACCAGAGUCAGGAUGAGGAUUUUGCAACACAAAGCUAGGAGUUUUGUGAGUCACGCAUGACAAGUUGCGCUAUGCAGUGUAGUGCAGGUUAGCAAGUGCAGCCGCAUCACAGAUUCAUCUGCUCAUCCUGUUCACAGCAUCACAAAUUGCAAAACACGAUUGGAAAUGGCUCUCAUGGGGAUGCGCAUUACAACUCUUCCUGUCUUUGCAAAUCUGCAUUACAACUCUGGUGUGGGUACGUUUUUGCUCAGGAUACCAUUUGUUUCCGAUGCACACUCGCUGGGAAAGGGAGCUCCUGACUUUGUUCGCGCUGUCUGAUGCGCGGGAAUUGGUGCGAUCCUCGAGUAGACUCCUGCAAAAUGUCGGUAGUAGUUGUCACAACUUUGAUAAUGAAGAGUUGUUGAAGGCCGCUUCCCCGAGGCUGCAAGAGGAGGUGGAUAUUCUGUCGCAGAUGUUUCGGGAGCAGGCGGAAGAAGGUGGAAUGUGAUACGAUGGAUCAUUUUUCCGCAUAGUUAUCCUACGAUGGGUCGUUCUUGCUGGUCGAAGCUUUCUGGUCGUGUUGAGUGAUACUAGCAUGUGGUUUUUUUCUGGAAUAAGUACUUUAUCAAACAAGAACCUCCCAAAGCAUCAGGAGCUUCACCAUGCAUGUGGUUUUUUUGCUGGAUUUGUUGUUUGAAAAUUCUAGGCGGAAACACCACGUUAUAAGGAUAAGUACAGCCUCUAAAGCGGCUUUCAAAAGUGUUAUCAUCACCGAAGAACGAAACUACUUACUUACUUUACACACCUUUGAAUUUGAUGGCCACGAGUUGCCUUUUGAAUAAGUACCGAACUUGACGACGGAGCGUGGCCCGCCACUUGAAGCACGAUAUUGAAAGAACGGCAGAUGUACCACACGAGGACUACCAAAUGUAAAAAUGCGACGCGCAGCUACAGGAGCAGCUACACUUUGCAAUUGCAUAGCUAAGUUCUAUGCUGUUGGAAAUCGCAACAUAGGUGAAGUCAGAU